UCAACCAUCCGUGCACUGUUUUGUUUUGAUGCCGUGCACAGAGGUCCCGCCCCUUACGUCGCGCUACGUCGUGACGCUUCUCCACGUCGCAGCUCCGUCUCGCAGGAGAAGUCGCUGCGUCUGUAUGCGUGUCUCCAGCUAGGCCGGAGAAUGAUGGCGGCGCCCGUCCUCAGAGUGUCCACCCCUCGGUGGGAAAGAAUAGCCAGGCUUGUCGUUUGCCUCCUGGGCAUACUGCUGUCUUUGUACGCUUUUCACGUCGAAAGGGAAAAGGAGCGGGAUCCGAGUUAUGAAGCCCUGUGCGACGUCAGCAGCUCCGUCAGCUGUUCAAAAGUCUUCAGCUCAAGGUGGGGUCGAGGAUUCGGACUUUUAGGCUCAAUAUUUGGAAAUGAGAGCGCGCUGAACCAACCUAACAGUGUCUACGGGGUYGUCUUUUACGCCUUUCAGCUCCUACUGGGGAUGACUGUCAGUGCAAUGGCUGCCCUUUUUCUCAUGAUGACGUCCAUCCUGUCCGUGGUGGGCUCGCUCUACCUGGGUUACAUCCUCUACUUUGUCCUAAAGGACUUCUGCAUCAUCUGCAUCACCACGUACGCGCUGAACUUCAUUCUCUUUAUCCUCAACUACAAGCGACUGGUUUACUUGAACGAGGCCUGGAAGCAGCAGCUCCAGGUCAAGCAGGACUAAAGCUGCGGAGAAAAAAAAACAAAACAACAAAAUAAAAGAAAAAAAAGAACGUGACCUCUGAACAUUUGACUCGCCACCAGGAGACCUUGCUUCCAAACAAUGUUUAUUCUGCUGUGUGUUUAAAAAAAAUGAAGAAAUUACCAUAAAUGUCGCACCUGGCAUCUCAUUGAUUGCAAACACUGAAGGGUUUGUAUGUGAAAGAUGUUUUUUUUUUUAAAUCUCCCUGCCUUGUUUAACCUUAUACUCCCACUGAUGGUGCCGGCUGCGUGUGUCUCUGCGUGUGCGGGCGAAACACCCACCCCCCCACCGGACAACCUGAGCCCACAACACAGACUGACGGAGGACGGCUUUCACGUGAACAAAAAGGAUCGCGAAGUGGAAGGAGAAAGAGGACUUUUAUUAGGAUUUAUUUUAUUUUUUUCAGUGUACUUGAAAUUGUUAGAAACUUUCUAUUACUGCACAGAUCAUCUGCACUAAAACUCAGAGCUGAGGAGAGGUCGCAGACAGAGGGGAAACAAACAGCGCUCAUCUAGUCAAGCUUUCACAUAAGGUUCAUGGCAGGUCGAGAAGAGGGUUAGCGUUUAUAUUGAAUUAUUAUUUUUCCCUCAUGUUUACACUUUGUAGUACAUUUUCUUUUUCGACAAGGACCACUAAAGAAUAAACGCGGGACAAUGUGAGGUAUUGUGUAGAUCGGUCGGAUUGUUUCGUUUGUUUAUUUUAUUUUGUAUUUUUCUUUGCAACUCUGUAAAUAGCUGCUGAGCAAUAUUUCAGGCUAGAUUGUGAUUUAUUUUUGUUUUAAUGUGAUGAUUAAAACAUCCGACGGAAGCGAAACGUGAGUAGGCGGAGGUGAAUCGACGAGACGAUGCGAUCCUGGUCACAGGAAGUCGUUCCAUCUUUAAAGCAGAACUGCGGGUUCUUUUCACUAAGUUUGCAAAAAAGGCACACUCACUUCUUUUUUUUUUUAACUAUUAUUUUUUGUUGUGUGCGUGAAAAGCAUUCCUCACCACCACACAAGUGGGAUCGUAUGUGCCUAAAGGAGUGUUAAGGUGAAUUCACCUCUCUAAGUGUUUUUGGGUGUCCGUUUAAUUAUUUUUCCCCUCGUCUUGUUGUCACAGGGGCAUGGCUUUAUUUUGUUUUUAUGUUCAUAUUUUUGUAAAUGAAGAUACCAGUGAAGUGUUUCUCCCUUCCUAAUAGUCUCAYGAGGUAGCAACAAGCCUGCUACACUGUGACGGUCGGCCCGGCAGCUUGAGGGGUCCCUCAUCCUGCGGUUAGACUUGACGCUCGCCGAGUCUCGGCAAACAUUGGGUUGAACAGUAGCAGUGAUCUGAUCUGAGUUGAGUUACAGUUCAUUUUCAGGGUGUGAACAAAACUAACGCUGUGGAAACAGCACACAAAACCAGAUAAGACGACGUGGCGUUGAGCCAUUUGUUUUUGUUUUUCCAAGUCUGUCACUGUUUUCUGUCGCACCGAAMGGUCGAUCUAACGUGGUCAUAGUUUUAUCCAGAAUCCAGCCUUUGGACAGUUUUACACAUUUUCAGAUUGUUAGAAUAAUUAAGGUCUGGCUUAUCUGUGGUAAUAAACUAUGUAGUAGAUUUUA